AGCAGAGUUCAGCCUGUCAGUCAGUGCUGUGACCAUUUCCUGUGAGAGAAUGAACAGACACUCCCAUCUCUCAUUUCAGCCUAGCUUCUGCGUUGAAAGGAUCUCAUUGCAGCUCUGAUGGACUGACACUUUUAGCAGGUUAUGUAAAAUGUCCCCUUUAAAGGGAGGAGUGCUGACUGGAUUGCUGAGAGGAACAGACCAGGGGACAGAGUGGAAUAAAGUGGAAGUACAAGCUCUGGGUUUCUAAAGAAAAAAAACUUCGCUACAGAGUGGCAUACUUUUGCUCGAGUCUGCAUUCUAGUUCCCCAUGAACUAUGAUGCGGGAGUGAAGGAAACACCCUGCUCUAUUUGGUAUCGCCCCCCCUUACAGGAGGAUGGUACAGAAGAGAGGAAGGCCUGGGAAGGCUGUAAAAUGCUGAAGGCAGCUCUCUGAUGCGGCAUGCUGAAUCAAAGGACAAGCACAGGAUGAGUUUAAAAUCUGACCCGGGCCAUGAGAAGGCAUCGUACUGUCUCUUCAUUUACCCUCAGCUCUCUAAUGAAGCCUCUACUUUCUGUAAGGUCUUGGCAACCAAGGAAUUAUCAGCCACUGAAGUUAUAAAGAAUGCAGUAUCUUUUCUGGCAUUGGACAGCUGCAAGCACUAUGUUUUGGCUGAAGUAAAAGAGUCUGGAGGGGAAGAGUGGGUGUUAGAUCCUAAUGAUUCACCUGUACAAAGAGUGCUGCUUUGGCCAAGGAAGGCCCAAGAUAGGCACCAGCAGUCAGAUGGUUAUUAUUUCUUACUACAGGAGAAAGACCAGGAUGGACGUAUUAAGUAUGCUAACCUUCCACUUGUUUCAGAGGAGGAGGAGUCCAGAAGGUUGAUGGAAAGGGGAUUUCUUCCUCGUCUUGAAGUAGAUUAUAACGACUUGUGCAAUUUACCCAGAUUAACUGAGGAUGCAAUUCUUGAUAACCUUAAAUCUCGUUUCUUCAACCAAAAGAUCUACACUUAUGCUGGAAGUAUUCUGAUUGCCAUCAAUCCCUUCAAAUUCUUGCCUAUUUACAACCCCAAAUAUGUCAAAAUGUAUGACAACCACCAGCUUGGGAAGUUGGAGCCUCACAUUUUUGCUAUUGCAGAUGUUUCUUACCACACCAUGCUGAAAAAAAAGGUUAACCAGUGUAUUGUCAUAUCUGGAGAAAGUGGAUCCGGAAAGACUCAGAGCACAAACUUUCUUAUACACUGUUUGACAGCACUGAGUCAGAAGGGCUAUGCAAGUGGAGUAGAGAGGACCAUAUUGGGUGCUGGACCUGUACUUGAGGCCUUUGGAAAUGCCAAAACUGCACAUAACAACAACUCCAGCCGUUUUGGAAAAUUCAUUCAAGUGAAUUAUCUGGAGAGUGGCAUUGUACGGGGGGCUGUUGUGGAAAAGUACCUUCUCGAAAAAUCUCGGCUUGUAUCUCAGGAAAAUAAUGAAAGGAAUUAUCAUGUUUUUUAUUACCUUCUUCUGGGUGCUUCUGAGGAGGAGAGGAAAGAGUUCAAUCUCAAGCAACCUGAAGACUAUUUCUACCUCAACCAGAACAACUUUAAGGUGGAGGAAGGGGAGGAUUUGCGACAUGAUUUUGAAAGACUGAAGCAAGCAAUGGAGAUGGUAGGGUUUCUCCCAGCCACAAAGAAACAAAUUUUCUCAGUGCUAUCAGCAAUUCUUUACCUGGGAAAUGUGACCUACAAGAAAAUGUCUUCUGGGAGGGAUGAGGGUUUGGAUGUCGGGCCUCCAGAGGUUUUAGACACACUAUCUCAGCUGCUUCAGGUUAAAAGAGAGAUGCUGGUGGAAGCACUUACCAAACGAAAAACUGUUACUGUAAAUGAGAAGUUAAUAUUACCAUACAGCCUCAAUGAGGCUAUCACUGCACGAGACUCGAUGGCAAAAUCCCUUUACAGUGCCUUGUUUGAUUGGAUAGUUCUGCGAAUUAACCAUGCUCUGCUCAAUAAAAAGGAUGUAGAGGAAUCUGUAAAUUGCUUGUCGAUUGGAGUACUUGAUAUUUUUGGAUUUGAAGACUUUGAGAACAAUAGUUUUGAACAAUUCUGUAUUAAUUAUGCAAAUGAGCGACUUCAGUACUACUUUAACCAGCAUAUUUUCAAACUAGAGCAGGAAGAGUAUCAGGGUGAAGGAAUUACUUGGCACAAUAUAGAUUACACAGAUAAUGUGGGCUGCAUCCAGCUCAUCAGCAAGAAACCAACUGGACUCUUCUACUUAUUGGAUGAGGAGAGCAAUUUUCCACAUGCCACAUAUCGUACAUUGCUUGCUAAAUUUAAGCAGCAACACGAGGAAAACAAGUAUUUUGUGGCCACACCAGUUAUGGAGCCGGCCUUCAUCAUUCGUCACUUUGCAGGGAAAGUUAAAUACCAAAUAAAGGAUUUCCGUGAGAAGAACACAGAUUAUAUGAGACCGGACAUUGUGGCUCUCCUGAGAAGUAGUGAUAGUGGGUACAUUCGGGAGCUUAUUGGUAUGGAUCCAGUGUCAGUUUUCCGUUGGGCCGUACUACGAGCAGCCAUCCGGGCUAUGGCUGUACUUAAUGAAGCUGCAAGGCAACGAGCAGAGAGAACAGCAGGUGUAAUCCGAAAAGGAGCUAGGGUCCCCUUGGGGGAGCUCCAGAGGUCAAACACCCCCAUGGAGAAAAUUUAUCGCCGCUCUCUUCUCGAUUUCUCCUUUGACUGUUCUACGGAGUGCGAUAUUGAUGUGUUUGAAGACAUCUUAAAUAUAUAUGAAAGCAAAAAAGAGCGACACUCUGAACUGAUGAGCAGCAUUAAGGGACUUUCCUGGCAGGGAGAGGACCCUACCCAGCUGCUCUGGCGCCUGUCCCUUCGCAGACAGUCCCGUCUCCAUCUUCAGAAAACAAAGAACACUCGCCAGAAGCAGCUCAUCCCAAAGAACCUUCUUGAUUCACAGUCUCUGAAACUUAUAAUGAGCAUGACACUUCAUGACAGAACUACCAAGUCUCUCUUACACCUGCACAAGAAGAAGAAGCCACCCAGCAUCAGCGCACAAUUUCAGACUUCACUUAACAAACUUCUGGAAACCUUAGGUAGAGCGGAACCAUUUUUUAUCCGAUGCAUUCGAUCUAAUGCUGAAAAGAUGGAGAUGAGGUUUGAUGAAGCCCUUGUUCUUCAGCAGCUCCGAUACACUGGUAUGCUAGAAACAGUGCGAAUCCGGAGAUCUGGGUACAGCGCCAAAUACACUUAUAAGGAAUUUGUUAACCAGUUUCAAGUACUGCUACCCAAACAGUCCCCCAUGCCAAAAAACACCAUAGCAACACUACUCGAGAGCAUGUGCUUUGAUCCUCGCAACUAUCAGCUUGGAAAAACCAAGGUAUUCAUGAAAGAGACUGAACGACAAACACUGCAGGAUACUCUACACCAGGCAGUCAUCAAGAAAAUUCUUCUUCUUCAAAGUCUGUUUCGGAUGGUUAUGGAAAGAAGAAACUUUCUCCAAAUGAAAAUAGCAGCCGUAACCAUACAGGCUUGCUGGAAAUCACAUUGUGUAAGGCGAGAUCUGGAGCUUAGGAAGAAUGCUGCAGUCUAUAUCCAAGCACUGUGGAGGGGCUAUAUUCAAAGAACUAGCUAUCAAAAGCAAAUCCAAAUCAUCAAGCAGCUGCAGGCUUUAUGUAGAGGACAAUUACAACGCAAAAGGUACAAAGAAAUGCUGGAAGCAAAGCGCAAAGCAGCUGAGGAAGAGGAAAGGAGGAGAAAACAGGAAGCUUUUGAAAGAGAAAGGGUGGCAUUACUUGAACAGGCACAGAAAGAAGAAGAAGAGCAAAAAAAGAAACGGGAAGAAAUGAAGAGAGAAGCAGAACUUAGAGAGAAGUUCGUUUCUGAGACAGAAAUUCUAAAGUCCAACAUGAAUGUAAUUCAGAAUAUCAAUGAAGAACAAAGAGGAGAGAUGAAUGAGAGUGGGGGUGCAGGUCAACAAGUUGACAGUGGUGAUAUAGCUUUGGAAAGGAUUACGAAAGAGAAUGCGCGUAACAGUGAGUUAAAGAAAGAGGAUACUAUGGAAAGUGGGAAUCAAGUACCAAAUAUGGAACUAAUGCCAGACAAAGAUAAAAUAUUGCUAGCAAAUGAAACCCAGGUACUGCCAGUGGCACAGAAAAAUCACAGUGGAAGUCCAGAAAGGGCUGCUAGCUGUCGAGAAAAAAGGGAGAGCAGGAGGCGUAGAGGUCUGCAGCAUGACUUGAUCCAGAAUAAACAAAUUUACUCUUCUACUGAGGAGCCUGAGAAGGAUCUGGCUGCACUACUGAAGGAUGAUGAAACAGAGACUAGGAACAAUGCUAAACCUGAAAAGGUGGAUAACCAACAGGAAAUAUCAAAUAAUGAGAUCACUGUUACAAAUACUAGACACAGUAGAGCUGGGGAUGAUGUUCAAGUGAAUAAACAAGAUCAAACUUUAGGAAAGCCAACAAGGCCUUCAGAUCUCCCACUUAACCCACCGGUGUCCUUACCAAAACAACUACCAACCCCUGAUGAGAGAAGCAGACCCUUUGAGUCUCGGAAGGAGGAAGUAGUUCCUAGUGCUGGCAUUGUCCAGCGAUACAGUGACCAUGAAAAACUGAAGAACUUAGCUGAAAAGUGGAAAGAGAAGAGACAAAUUGAGGCUGUUCAAAUAGAUUCUAAAAAAACUCCUGAAAAAGAAGAGGUGAAGGCUCCAAAGGAAAACAAGUUGACAGAAAGGAAGAAUGCUAUACCAUCAGCAGAAAUCUCAGGAGGACUUCAGUCCCCCUCCUCCCCUCAGGAAAAGGGAUUCAAGAAACAACCUGCACAGAAGAAAAAAUCCAACGAGCAAACCAGUCAUUCUGAAAGUACCCAAGCACAGUCCACUGACUCCAAGCAUACAUAUAAGGGCCUUUAUAGGCUUUUGGGGAGGAAACCAGAAAAGAAAAACAGCAAAGAAACCCCACUUACUCCAGAUGUAAUAGAACCUCCUUUCCUACAACUCACUCAAGAGGUCACAGCAACUAAGCGAACCAUAGAUGGUAAUGCUGCUUCUAGAGAAAAUAGCCGCACUUAUGGAGUGGAACCAGCCAAUAAAAUCCAUAGACAUCGCACUAUUAAAAUUGGCAAGGCUACCACUGUUUCUGAGACAUGGAAAGCAUCCUUGUGUAGAGAGAUUAAUAACCCUACUGAGCUUAAACACCUGGAUGAUUUUCUGUUUGCCAAGUUUAAUACUUUUAACUCUGAUAAGUCUGGCGUAGAAAAUUUGCUCUUUGAAGCAGUUAAAAGGUUCAGAGGAAACCUCAAAUCCAUGUACUCCUCUCCUAAUGGUCAAAUUCAUGCUGGUUAUAAGGAUUUGAUGGAUAAUUUUCAGAUUCUUGUUGGCAGUUUAACUCAAGAGAGAGAAGAAAAGGAUGUAAAGCUUGUACUGAACCUUUUCCAGUCCUUCCUAGAUGAAUUUACUCGUGGAUACAGUAAGAAGGAGGAUGGUGAACCACUGAAGUCACGAAAAUCUCAGAAGAAGAAACGCAAGCAAGAUCAAACAAUAGAAACACGUGGGCAUGUGUUUGUAAGCUAUCAAGUGAACAUUGGACAAUCCUGUGAACACUGUUCCAACACUAUUUGGCCAAUGGAAAAGGCAUUUCUCUGCAGCACAUGCAAGAUGGUUUGCCACAAAAAAUGUUUGACUAGGAUCCAGAGCCAUUGUGCCUCAGGCGGUAGGGGGAAGAACCUGGGAUCCCAUCAGUUUGGUGUGCAUGUAACAGAUUUGACCAAUGAUACAACUUCAGUACCUGUUGUCAUGGAAAUUCUGCUGGAGUACUUAGAGAUACAUGGGCUCUACACUGAAGGAAUCUACCGCAAGUCAGGAGCUGCCAAUCGUAUGCGUGAGCUGAAGGAAUGCCUGGAAAAAGACCCCAACUCGGUAAAACUUGACAAUUAUCCAAUUCACGCAAUAACUGGAAUCCUAAAGCAGUGGUUAAGGGAGCUACCAGAGCCGCUUAUGACAUUUGCACAAUAUAAUGAAUUCUUGCGAGCUGUAGAACUCCCUGGGAAGCAAGAACAGCUUUGUGCGAUCUAUAAAGUCAUUGGACAGCUCCCACAUGCAAAUUACAACAGCCUGGAAAGAUUGAUCUUUCAUCUUGUUAAGGUGGCUAUGGUGGAAGAAGUAAACCGCAUGUCUUCUAAUUCUUUGGCUAUUGUUUUUGCACCUUGUCUAUUGCGUUGCCCAGAUAACUAUGAUCCACUAACUAGCAUGAAGGAGGUGGCCAAAACCACAACGUGCGUAGAGAUGCUAAUCAAGGAACAAAUGAGACAAUAUAGAAUUAAAAUGCAGGAAAUUGGCCUGUUGGAAGCAGCAGAAACUCGGGCAGUGUCUAGACUGUCAUUGCUGAGAAAUAAUACAACUUGGCCUGUACAUGUGGGAUUUGUUUUUCCUUGUGAUGGUUUCCUGAGUAAAAGCCAGUCGCCAAAUGGUAAGAGUUUGCCUGAUCUGCAAGAAGAGCAUCUGUCAGACUCUGACACUGCCCGGGAAUCACAGAUACUGAUAGACCGAAUAAAGACCAUUAAAGAGGAAAAGGAAGAUAUUACCUACCGCCUUCCAGAACUAGAUCAGCGGGGCUCAGAUGAAGAAAAUAUGGAUUCUGAGACAUCUAACAGCACAGAGAGUUUACUAGACGAGAAGCUGUCCCAGGCAGAAAAGGAAGUAUCACCUGUACUUAAUACGUCCCUGGCACCGUCUGAAAGUCUUCAGUCACAGGCUCCUCUUUUUACCAUGUCUGUGAACCAAACUAGUUUCAAGCGCAGGCCAUCUUCCUUCCUGGCCAAGAUGAGAAUUCACAGGAAGAAUCCCGUUAUGCCAACAUCAAACAUCAAGUUACCCCCAGGGCUAACAAAAGCCACAGAUGCUGCUGAGGAAACUAGUUCGGUACAGCGAAGAGAACAGCCAGGAAGAAGAACGGACAAUAUUCAGUCAGUCUAUGUCCCAGAAGGAACCAAAAUGGGAACUGUACAUGGAGCACUAGAGUACGAGCCUACAGCCAAACUCAAGCGCCGCUUUUCAGACCCACACCUGCAAAUCCCUUCCCCUGACGAGUCCGACCUCUAGGAGCAAAGACUUAACUUCCAUGUUGGCUCUCUACCCAUGGUAAAUCUGUUACUAGGAAAAAAUCCCUUUGAUAGCAGUGGUAUUUUUCUUCGACUGGCAUUUCAAAGAACUGUUUUAGGAAAAUAAAGGAACACAGAGUUGUUUAUUGUAUUAUAGCAGGUUAAAGGGGGAUUUUCGCUCCUGUUAAGUGAUUUUGAAUCCUGCACUGGCAGCAGUCAUUCCGUUCUUAGCUCUCAAUUUUAUUUCCAAUCUUGUAAUAUGAUAGGACCAAAGGUGAGUUCAUUUUGCCUUAUGCUCUUCACCCGCUACAGUAAUAUUUUUAUAUAUGUGUAUAUUAUAAAGCUUUUAAUACUUUGUUUUAUAUAAAUGUGUGCAUUAACACAAAGGCCAAAUGUGCGUGAGAAUGGUAGCAUGUGCAUGUGCAUCGUGGAGGUUUUUUUUUUUUUUUUAUAAAGAUCAACUUUUUUUUGUUUUAUGCAAAAGACCAAUUCUGCACAUAGAUGCAGCAAAUAUUUAUCCUUUUUUUUUUAUAAACUGUAACAUGUGUUUAGCAUAUGUUUCUUUCUAUUCAUCCAUAUUCAUUGUUAUUGAUAGAUUGCCUAAGUGAAAAAGACAGCAGUACACUGAUGCCAAGAUACAUUGAUUAUGCCCAUUUAUCUGCAGUAUUUCAGUAUAUUGGACCAUUCUUUGGCUAGAUGUGUUUUAGCAUGAUAAGUCUGUAGUCACCAGCCUCAGGUCUUCUGGUGCUACUGCAAUGCACAUCGCUGCAUCCUUUUAACAUGUGAUCAAGUUUAUGCUGGGAGUUUUAGUUCAUACAUAUCUUCAGACCCAGGGCUGGGGAACGCUAGUUUGGGUCUGUGCCUUGGUACUUCACAUUUUAAAGGCCUUUAGGUAAAAAAAGUAAUUGUGAGGCAAAUAAUUUUGUUUUCUAACACUAGUUUCAUUAUAUAUCAUCUAGAGAGCACAAGCAUCACACAUCUAGAAUAGUUUGCAAGUUUGAGAGUCUAACGCCCAUUGGUGGGACCAAUUGUCAUGAGUGCUUAUUUGCUUUAGAACAAGAAGACUGUUACAAUGUCUAACGUUGUGAUGGAGUUCUGAUUACAUGUUGGACUACUAAGUCUGUUCUACUGAUAAAAUACACUUAUCGUGGCACUACAGGAAGUCUGUUAUGUUUGUGUUUUCACUAGAAGUACCCAGCUUUUAGGCCUAUUGCUUCUUAUUACAAUCGGUGCCAGCUUAGCGGCUUUGACAGGCAGCAAAGGAAACUAUAAAUCAGUAUUAACCCUAACAUAAAGCUGCAUAUAAACUGCUGUGUUACAUGUUAAGGGUCAAAGUGGGCCCAUGCUGCAAGAUGUGCAAGUUCAUUCCUGAUAUUUGGAGUUAUUUUAGUACUUUAAAUUAUAGGUCUUCAUUGACUACACUAUUUAAAAGAAACAGCAACUUCAUAUUCCUUAUGCUGUUUUUAUUACUGUAGAUGUCAGGGAAGGUGUUAGAACUGGACAGAACACGCUGCAUGUUGGCCAUGACCUGUGCAUUUGGGAGCCCCCACUUUAACUCCUGCCCUGGAAGAUGUGCAAUAACGGUUGCUGAGACAUGUAUUCAUAUUCAUUCAUUCACAAUCUGCGUAAAGAAGUGUUUUCUAGACAGAUGAGCUUAUUUUUCCAUUAACCAGCAAAACAUACGGUACAUAUCGCUGAUAAUGUCUUCUAAAUGCUCUUUCCUAAUCUCUUCCCCUCAGUAAAUUCUUAAAUGGAUGAGGUUUUGGAGAACAAGGGUUUGUUUUUUGUGGCUUCUCUUGACGAGCAAAUCAAGGGUACUCUGUUGUCUGAGAGCUGCUUUGCUGAUUAAUUAGUAAAGACCAGGAAGGAAGGAAACCAGUCAUGGCAGGUGAAUUGACACAAAUAUGCAUUUGUAUAAUAACCUAUAGCAUAUAUUUUAUGUAACAUUUAUAUAAAACCCUGGAUGAAAAUGGGGUUGCACUGACAAGCCAGAGCACCAGAGGAUCUUCCAGUGGGCCACAGUCUGGGACAUUUCCCAUCAGCCCUUUAUUUUCUCCCUGAGCCUAUAUAACCCUAUAUACAUUUGUCACUGUCUUCAUCUAAUUGUCACGAUAGAAGGUCCUGGAUGUCAAGUUCUCUGGUGGGCUUUAGGAGGCCCAGUCUGACACAUUUCCCUUUAUGCAAAGUAAGCUUCCAUGUUAUAUUUCAAGUAAAGUUUUUUCAAACCAAAGCAAUUAAUCAAAUGUUUGAUUUCAUAUUUUCCAACUGUACUCCAUACUGACUGCUGGGUUUCUGCUUUGGUUUACUUGACCGAAAACAAUUUUUCCAAAACUCUUACUAAAUUGUCUGAUUAUUCCCUUGGUUACUGAGCAAACAACCUUUGGCUAAUAACUCAUGGGACUUUACAUAAGACACGUUUAUAUGUUUUAUCUUGGCAGCAACAUUUUUAUUUUUCAUUGCAUAUAGAACCUCUUUAUGUUUUUGGUAUUACUAGCUAUUUAAUUUGACACAUUAUUUCUGCAAGUGGUAGCAUUAACAAUGGCUCAUGUAACAGUUGAAAGUUGUUGAAGUUCCGAGUGCAGCAGAUAUUGUCUGCGCAGAAUUUGGCUACGGUCAAACAGAAUGUUGUUGUGAUGGGUCAGCUGGGCAGUAGACUCCCGGCUUGGGUUUAUCAUGUCGUAUUCUGAAUGUACUGAAACUGAAUGUAUAUGAAACCCCUUUGUAGUUACUGAACAAUAAUUUUUGCACUUUAUAGAGCUAUGAUAGAAAGUCAUCACAUUUCUAUCAGGCAAAACAAAACUGUGUUUUUUUUUAUAAAGACUUGUGGGCAGUCACGCUACAGAAUGGCUUAUUUGUCACUCUGAUGCAUGCGUGAAUUUGACCAGCCAGCAUAACAUGAGUGUGCUUCAAACACUGAAAUAAGCCAAAGGCAAUUCCAUGUCAUUAUGUAUACUUAUGAGAUGCUCCUGAUCUUGUGCUCCAACAUCAUUCUGGUGUCUUCCUUAUGUCCUACUCUCCCUGCCAUAUUUGCUUUUCACAGCGGUGUAUGUAAAUAUUUAAAGUGGCCCUUAUCAAUCUGUUACUUACCGGAUAUGUGCAGGUUUCCAUGCAAAGCUCACUUAUCUUUGUUAAAUAAAGUUAUAAUUUAA